AUGUCGGAGACAAUCUUAGAUGCAGGAAUACGAUUCCCAAGAGGGUUUUUCAUGUUAAGUGUUACGGAUUUGGGCAACUAUCAUCAAUGCCUUGCUAUAAACGAAGAAGUCGAAGAUAUGAAAAUAGAAGGAAAAUACUAUUUAAUCGAAAUACCAUUUAAUCAAACGUUUCACCUUCCCUUCUUAAAUCAAAACAUAUCAAAUAUAUCAAAUAGAAAAAUAGUAGGUUUUAAGAGCAUUAUCAACGAGGUUCAGCAAUUUGUAGAAAUCGAUACUGAUUCAUUAAAUCCUGAAAAUCCUUUGGUAUUAGCGUCAAUAAGAGUAGCCGUAUGUGUUCCAAAACCUUGCACCACACAAGAAUGGAUUAGCACUCUGCUUUUUAACGUAACUGCAAUUGGAUUCCAAUAUGAAGAAGUUUUCUGUCGUCUACCAAACGACAAGCCAUGGAUCACUGUCGAUUACGUUGCUAUCGGAGUCUUUGGGUUCCUGGGAUUAAUUACUUUACUCAGUACACUUUAUGACAUCAAUCACAUAGUCAUAAAGAAAAGAGAACCAAAAAAGGCAAACAUCUUCUACCGGACCUUCUCCGUUUACACAAAUACCCGACGACUUUUGACUUUUGCUCCUAGUUCUAACGCUUUAGAAUGUUUGGACGGCAUAAGAUCAAUAUCAAUGAUGUGGGUUAUCAUUGGUCAUACAUUUUCUAUGUACAAUUUUAAUGCUGAUCUUACUGAAAGUUUGAACUGGUUAACAUCUGGCGAAGCAGUAUGGAUCUCGACGGGUCUUUUCACAGUGGAUUCAUUCUUUUUCAUGGCUGGUCUCCUGCUGGUUUAUACAUCUGUUGGAAGAAUGACUGGAGUUCAACUCCUGAAGCGUCUCCAUGUUUUCUAUCUCAACCGGCUUCUAAGAAUGUUCCCGUUGUUAGCAGCGCUUGUACUUCUAGAAGCUUCGGUAUUCCAUCGUAUAGGAGAUGGCCCGUAUUGGGUUCACGUUUCGAAUAAUGUCCAGGAUUGUAGAAGCUUUUGGUGGUCUACAUUGUUACAUAUCCAAAACUAUGUGAAUCCAGACCAUAUGUGCAUCCAACACUCAUGGUAUAUAGCCAUAGAUAUUCAACUACACAUCGUGUCGCCCAUUAUUCUAUUUUGGGUGCUCCAUAAAAAGAGGCGAUACGCUUGGUCAGCUCUAAUAACUGCUCUUUUGGCAAUCGUAGUCGCUUCAACUGUAUGGAACUUCAUUAUGGAAAUGCCUUCGAGUAACAUGUCACUUGUUCGUCUAGAUGAACAGGCCUAUUAUAUGAAUAAUUACUAUGUAACCGCAUGGACUCGAGGAGCUCCGUUCUUUGUCGGAAUGAUAGUUGGCUACGUGCUAAAUAUAUACAAAGGCAGAAAGAUUAAGUUGAAUACGGGCUUUGUAAUGACAUCCUGGUUGAUUGCUCUCGGUAUGAUUGCAGUAUGUUUCUACAUGUCGUAUGUAAUUAUGCAGUUAGAUUGGGACAAUCAAGUCGGAGACAGUCUGUUUAACUCAUUCAUGAGAGUUAUAUGGUCGAUAGGAUUAAGCUGGAUCAUCUUUGCCUGUGUUAAAGGAUAUGGAGGUCCAAUAAACUGGUUUUUAUCACUCAGUAUGUGGAAAUUGCCCGCUCGUAUAUCCUUCGCGAUGUACCUUUACCACUAUCCAAUCGCCUUUGUAAUAGCAGGAAUGCAAGUAACACCUACCUAUUUCACAGUGGCAGGAAGGAUAUACGACUUUAUGGCUCUCUUCAUGUUGUCAUUCAUCGUGUCAUUCGUCAUGACAGUAUGGAUUGACGCACCUUUCUCAGUAUUAAUCAAAAUAUUAAUGGGAGGAGGACAAAGAAAACCUCAAGCUAAAAUAGAAAAUGGUGACGGUUCCACACAAGCUGGUCCAAUUCCUGAUAAGAAUGUAGCUGAUCUAGAAAGGAAGAUGAUUAAUAAUGACCAAAAUCUGGUUAAAAAUAUCAUACAUUUGGAGAAAAAUGGCUCAAAUUACGAUAAAAAUGGGGCUUUGGAUAGAAUAGAAGUACUGGGGGAAUCGUUGCCACCGAGUAAAGAAAGUUCGAGAUUUUAA